UGCGCCUGCGUCGAAUGCUAAUUUCUGCCUACGCAAUCACGCAGUCACUAGAAAUCAUCCAGUGUAGUAGUAAUGCAUCGUCAACAAACGGCCCGACCCGAUUGGCUUUUUCGUCAGUACGCUUUGCACUUGCCUCUGAUGCCUGAACUUGUGAAGUGGCGGGAAAUUUACGAUUAGAAUUUACCUCAAUUCCUGUACCAAAGAGACAAGAAUACAGACAAGCCAGAACGUCCAAAUUGUACAAUUUUUAUGGUAUUACUUUCGGAUAUUCACUUCCCUGACAUGCUAAGCUUUGGCGUUGAAAACGGUAAACGAUAAUCUGUUUUUUACUAGUAAGAUUUAUGGGCAUUCGACUUUUCCCCCGCAACUUAAAGUCAUGAAUUAUUGGAUUUUAGAUUUUACCAGGGGUAUGGUGGUCUUGGUGGAAUAAGAAUUAUUCAGGCUGCAUUUACCUUAAAAUGCUCGGUUGUUUUGAUUUGUGACUGCUGUUAACAACCAUCUAAAAUGAAUGUGAAUGUGAUGAAAAGAUUAAAAUGGCAUAAGACUUUCAGGAAGGGUUAAGAAACAGAAAAAUAGUACAGGAGCAAGGAAAGUGAAAAGCAUUCGAGGUUUGUUGGGAUAAAUAUACAAUUCAACGGUGUAAGUAGAAAUCGAGGAAGCGUAAGUUAAAGUCAAACGCUGGCAGAAAAAAAGAAAACUUAAAUCUCUUGGGGCAAUUUUGAAAGGACCUCCAAGAACAGAACACAGGUCUUAGGAAGCCUUUGUGACCGUCACGACCGUGCGAUAAGUAUUUCCCGAUUUGUUAGACAGUCAAAUAGAUGAAACGUUGAUACGAACGAAUUAAAGGUUUAUAGUAGAUUGAAAACAUGUCGGAAUAUGGAGACACCGUCAUGGUAAGAUUUGUCUUUCUUUUCCUCAUCUUCUUAAAACCAUGGAGAAUCAUAGUUUCUUCCUUUGAAAAAGAAUUGUAAGUAGGUGCCAAUCGCUGUAAGACAGUUUCAAAAUACGUGCAUUUCGUGUAAAUUCAACUUCGGUUUCUAAAUUUUAGCGCACGCGAAAAGGGAAUGAAGCUACAGUAGCUUUACAUGAAGGCUGCUAGUAGAAAAUUGCUGGAAAGAAUAAUACAUACGCGUUUAAGCACGUGGCAUGGUCGAAGCCCCGCCCAAUCGUAAAUUGGAACUGCAGUAGAUGGAUUCCAGUGAAUUUCAAGGACUAUCAACCGCACAUGAUUAGUAUUGCUGACUGAAACGGUCGUCUGCCCGGUAUGCUAUCUUUUUUAUAUGAUAACAAAAUGACAGCAGGCGGCUGUUUGGAGUUUGGCAUAAUAUUUAUGCUGAGAUACGGCGCGUGAUGACGAAAUCACCAGCUUGAUGACCGUACCGUACUGGUGACCAGUGGGACCGGUUGUCGAGCACGAGGUCGACCGUACGGGGCCGAUAUGUACAUGUACACUGUACGUGGCAUGCAGAUGGCCUUUAUGCAUGUGGCGCCUAUUGGUUCCCGCCAAACCCUGCUGGUAUGUCAGAAUCCUUAGAAGCCGCUCGAGAAUCUCGAUCGUUCGUAUUCAUCUUUGCCGUGAUUUGACAUCCGGCUACAACUGUCCAGCGAGACGAUUCUUCUGGUAGUUGUCUUGAUGGUUAGAUCGUGUUUUCGGUAAUUUUUUGUGGGGGAAGCGGAGAAACAUCGAUGCCAGUAUUGUCCGAAAAUCGCCAUCCUGACCACAAUACCAUCACUAGUAGUACAUGUGCAUUAGUAGGUCUGUAGUUAGUUGCAUUGUGGGAUCCGGUUGAAGGCUCCCAUCUCGAUUCACAAUCGCAGAGGACCAUCAGACAGAGUGAGUGAGUGAGCCAACAUCAUGAACAUGGCAGACGUCGAGAUCAUAGAUCCGAAUAGAACAAUCGACAGCAGCAGCGAUCAUCAUGCCAGCUCCAAGAUAUCAGAACCUCCACAGUGUCCACCGUACAUGCCCGGCGAGGAGCAAAGGGCCAAGUUGGGGGAAGGGGCCAACAAUGGUUCGACGGUUCGACUUCAGCCACAGCUUGGACUCUUCAACGGGAUCAACCUAAUUGUGGGCUGCAUCAUCGGCUCGGGCAUCUUCCUUUCUCCCAAGAGUGUCUUGGAGAAUGCUGGCUCGGUUGGCCUGUCCAUGAUGGUCUGGGUCAUUUCUGGUAUCUUCUCUCUGAUCGGGGCUCUUUGCUUCGCCGAACUAGGCACCACCAUCACAGCCUCCGGCGGUGAAUACUCCUACAUCCUCUUCGCCUUUGGGUCCUUGCCUGCUUUCCUUGUCCUGUGGGUGACUGUUUUGAUCAUCAAUCCAACUGGCCAGACAAUUGUUGCUAUGACGUUUUCUUUCUACGUCCUCCAGCCUUUCUUCCCAGAUCCUGACUGUCCACCUCCCGACGUGGCUGUCCGUAUUUUAACAGUUCUUUGUCUUGCUCUCCUGACCUUUGUGAACUGUUGGAGCGUGCCUUGGGCAACCAAAGUGCAAGAUGUUUUCACUGUCGCCAAGGUACUGGCUCUCAUUGUCAUCAUACUCUCCGGCCUCGUCUACAUUUGUAUGGGACACACUGAGAACUUUCAGGAACCGUUUAAGAACAGCAAGGGAGGGACUGAUAUUGCUCUCGCCUUUUAUGGGGGUCUGUUUGCAUACGCAGCAUGGAAUUAUCUGAACUAUCUGACGGAGGAGAUUAAGAAUCCACACAGGAAUCUUCCGUGGGCCAUCGGCAUCUCUCUGCCAACGGUUACAGUCAUCUAUGUGCUGGCCAACAUUGCCUACUUUGCUGUCCUAACCCCAGAUGAGCUGGAACAAUCCAAUGCAGUGGCUGUGACCUUUGGUGAGAAACUGUUUGGCCCCAUGGCUUGGAUAAUGCCAGUGUCGGUUGCCAUGUCAACCUUCGGCAGUGUGAACGGAGGAUGCUUGUCGCUGUCCCGGUUGUUCUUUGUUGGUGCCCGUGAAGGUCAGUUGCCCGGCGUCAUGUCCAUGAUUCAAGUGAAGCGCAAGACACCUCUGCCCUCCCUUCUUUUCACGUGCGCAUUGUCCAUCCUCUACGUCUUCGUGGAGACGAUCGAGACACUCCUCAAUUACUUCAGCUUCAUGACGUGGCUGGCCAUUGGUGUAGCAGUGGCCGGCCAGAUCUACCUACGAUGGGCCAAGCCAGACCUUCCACGACCAAUCAAGUUCAACAUCAUCCUCCCCAUAACCUUCGUCCUGGCCUGCCUCUUCCUGGUCGUCAUGGGAACCAUUGCCGCUCCCAUGGAUACCCUCAUCGGCAUUCUCAUCACCUUGACCGGAUUCCCCGUGUACUUCAUUGGUGUCUGGUGGAAGAACAAGCCCAAACGCCUUGUGCAGUUCAGCCAGCAAAUGACCAUUUUCCUCCAAAAGAUGUUCAUCAUCGUUGGCCAGGAGAAAGAAGAGUGAGGCACAGGGGUGGGACGGGAGGACUUGCAUGGAUUGAAUUCAACUCUUGGGGGCGCUUGUACCUUGUCAGCACAAUCAUGUUCAGCUGUGGAUGGAGCACGCCUGUUUCAGUACAUAUGCAGAGCUCACAUGGGAUGCUGGUCCGCACUUAACGCACAAGUAAACAGCAAACAGAAAUCUACCUCCUUACCUUAAAGAUGUUCAAAUACGGGCGAUUCACUGUACAGUGCACCAUUAGAAGGUUGCCACAGGGAGGCCAUUUUUUAACUGUGCCUUUUCACAGCGCAUUCAUCUGCUGCAUGUGGGGAGCUUAAAUCGUUCAAAUGUUUGUCGGGGAAGAAGGUACUUCAGUGUAUCUUAAAUAGCAGUAAUGAAUGGAAUGUUCAAAUAAAUCAAAAAUCCCCCAAGUUGUCUGCUGACACAUGCUCAAAUGCAAUUUGUUGCUAGGGGGCCAUGCUUGGUUGAAACCUGAAAAGUGGCCUCUCCGUGACAACCUGUUGGUGACGCACUGUAUCGUGAAUCUCCCCUUUGUGGGGAAAAAAAAAAGGAUUGCACAUUUGAUCGUAAAUUGAUAAGGUGUCUUUAUGAUGGCAUCGUGAUCAGAAACUCAGGAAAAUUAAAUCUGUUACUUUGGAGCACGCCUUACAUCUUGUAUCGCGGAGGUUGUUUUGCGGUAUGAAAAAACCAAGUUUUGCAAGUGACAGAUCAAACUUGUUGGAAUAUCCAUUAAAAACACAGAACAGACCAAGUGAGCGUAGUCAUGGGGAAAACAAGGAAUCCGGUUAAGACUUUCAAAGUGCUUUAAAUGACGGGUCAUGCUUUGACAAAAUGGAUUUUUAAUGGAAAACCAGGACUUUCAGCAGAAAAAUUACGUGCCACAUUUUGGGUUAUAUGCUAACACAAACAAGGUAACGUGACAAUGCGUUGGAUAUGUACAUGCUUGUGUGUAUAUGUGUAAUCUUUGUGUAAAUACUUCCAAGUUGAACAAAUAUGAGGGGAGAAAGAUACUAGGAGGAGUUCUCCUCAUCUCGGCUGUUCUGUUGACGAGAAGUUGCAACUGAAAUUGUGGGGGAAAACGUCACAAUCUUAACUGAAGAAAAAAAUGAUGUACUUCUGAAGGUCAACAUGGAUGUCAUUCAUUCAGUAACCAUUGAUUGAUUUAACUGGGAACCUAUAUACAUACAUGAAUACCAGGCAGGAAUCAGACCAGUUGUUGAGUUGAUGGUCAUCAGUCGAACAUUGCCAAAAGCCUGUUCAGAGAUGGAUUUUAUCCUUGUAACAAUGUCUGUUUCCCCAUCUGUCCGGGCACUCCACUUGGGACAAAGUUUAUCCCGUUGUGGAAAUGGGCCAUAUUCCCAAAUGGAGCUCACAGCAGCAGAAGAUUGUGGCCGUGACUAAUUACUAGGCUGUGGCUGGCAAGCUGGUGGACUUCCAUGGGAAUGUGUGUCAUUUCUCAGCCCAAGCCAAGUCGUUUAGACAAAGCCUGUCAUGGGCCCAGCUGCCUUCUAAGAAACUGUCCAAGUAACAAGUUGUAAAAAUAAAUUAAUCUCAGGGCUAUUUUCUGGAUAGUUCUGAUUGUCAUGUACGCAUAAGAGCAAACGUCAUUCUUCGUUUUGCUUCACAGCCUCUUUGGCGUAAAAACCUCAGGCUGGACUUUUUAAUUUGUUCCCUGUUGAAGGUCCUGUGAUUAUAUCGAAAAUGUGCUGCUUCAUGUCAUUCAAUAAGAUUCCUAUUUUGAAGCAGUACUUCUUGGGAUGACAUAAACAUAUGCAAUGAACAGUUAAUUCAAACAAAAAUACAAAUAUUGAAAUUCUUGGGACAGUCUUAAUUUUUUUAUUGGUUACUAAUUUCUGGGAAUAAUAUGCAGUAGAUGAAAAUGCAGUCUUCAGGGAUGACAGUGAGGCCUUCUUUCUGGACCAGAAAAUGUUCAAUUUUUCAGCAUUUAUGGUCACACUUCCAAGUCAGUUUUGCCCAAUAGCUAUGCCAGAUUCACAGUAAUGAAAUAAGUGCAUGCGGUGACCAACAGCACAAGUCAUAUAGCACAAAGUAGCAGGCUUUUGGAGCACAAGUUGUGACCAAGCGGAAACCAUAAUUUUAAGAGAAUUUAUCGCCGUUUGUGCUUUUCAGUGUGCCUAGUUUUGCUUGGCUUGUCAUGUAAGCCUUAAGCUGUAGCUAAUUAAAAAAAAACAUGCUUUGACUAUUACAAUAUAUGACCUGCUCUGUAAAACUGACUCACAAGUCUCCGGAGCUACUUUUGAGAUUUACAUUAUUUUUGAGGAAUCUGAGCUCUUUUUUUUGAUGUGUCACUCAGUUUGGUACAAUGAAAAUGGACGUCGUGGAGAUGUGAAAAUGUUGAGAAUUUCUAUUGCUGGCAAGAUUUUUUCAAAGGCCUGUAACUCAAAAGCGGCUCAGGUGACCCAUGUGAUGCAUUUUCACAGAAACUAUGAAGUAUUUAGCAAUAUGCCAGAGAAAUAUUUUUUUCUGCACUGUUUGCGAGGAAAGCGGUCAGAUAUGGAAAAUGUUUGAACUGGAAAAUGAUGUAAAGGGAAAAGAAAUACUCUCCUGUUCAUUCAUUAAAAACGCAGAAAAUUAGAAGCUAUUUAAGAAGGUUGAAUUUUGUAGCUUCUUGGUUGCUUUAGUUCGGACAGAAAUGGCAAAAAGAAACUCAGAGUUUUUGGGUGCCACGUGAAUAGGUCCAUUUCAGGCUACUCUGUCAAAGUAGGUUUUUUCCAAGGCACUAGAAAAAAAUGCACUAGUUCACUCAUUUCUGCAUUCAAUCUCAGUAAAAUGUGGAGAAAAUGAAUUAUGGAUUCGGCGUUGUGUUGUAAACCAAUGAAUUUGGCGAACUGUGCACUCUGUUGCAUAAUUUGAAUCUAUUAAAUUUUUCUUGUUUUUGCUUGUGCGUUUAUCUUUAUUGUGUUUCUGCUUUUUAAUUUUCAGGGAGAGAACUGUGACCAGUGCUAAAUGUUGGCCACCAACAGUGUUAGUUACUGUUGUGGUUAAAAUAUAGCUAAUAUUUAAUAUUUUAAAAUAGUGUUGCAGCUAAAAAUUGUCAACAUUCGGUUUAGGGGACAGGUAUAUAUUAUGCUUUCUGAAAUAUCACAGUUUAUUCUUUGGGUUUGCUCUUUUUAUUUCUUGUUGAAUAAUGAUUUUUCAUGUAAAUAAUUAAGAAUUAACGAUUGAAAAAAAGCAUUUUGACCUGUGGGAUAUUGUUCAAAGGUGCACUCUUGUAAUGUGGAAAGAAAACCCUGUGUUCUGAAAAAAUUACUAUGUGACUGAAUAGUGUCACGUAAGUUAGACAUACUGUCAGAACUAAUUGUUAAGAUUAUUAGGGCCCGGGGGGAGUGAAUUGGUGAAACAAUUGACAUAGUGUUCAGUAUUCCGAAUGAGCUAUUAAGAUUUUAGCAUCACAGGAGUACACCUUUAAGAAGGCUUUUUGGGUAAUACUUGCUCAUUUGUUGAGCUAUGGGGUCAUUUGGUAUCUCUUGCUUUGUAAGAUAUUUAAGUUGUGGAACAAUUAUGCAGUGACAUUUUAUUUUCUGUAUAGUUUCCAGAGCUGUCAGUGUAUAAUGCCAAUUGAAAUGUCCAGGUUUUUUUAGUCAGGACAUAGGGUUCGGUUAGUGUAUCUACAGAACAGGGAUUACAUUAAAUGAUUUGUCAUUAAUUUACGUACGCGUUACUUUCUGGAUUUCCUCUUCAAAUGUUGAAAAUAGCAUUGUAAUGAUGUAGGAUAUACACUGACUGUGGGCUGUUUACAGUACGGUCAUACUUGCCUUUUUAUAUGCAGCUUAAUAACUGUGCCGUUCUCAGACGGAGAAACUACCUCCAUGUCAUUGUUACAGUUUUACUCUGUCAUGUCUUUGAGGGAUUUUAUUCAAAUGUGGAUUUUUUUCCAGAUAGCAAUAUGUAUGUUCAUUAUCAAAACAACCUAGUCUACUUGACACAUUCACAUCCAGGUUUGGUUCAUUUUUGAAAUGUGACAGUUGUAAGGCACAGAUUUUGUGAAACAUUUCUGUUCCUGUAUUGUAUACCUCUGCCGACAUCAAGCCUAUUAAUGAUGAAGUUUUUGUACAAAUUGCUCCAAAUAACAGUCCCUAAUAAUGUGAACUUAACCAACUUGCAGUCAGGAAAUUCGUAGGUCAAGUUUGGGUCAUUGUCUUAAAAAGGUAUUGCUAGUUGCUAGGCUGGGAUGGUAUUUGUUGCUUUCCAUAAACUGCUUUGAUCUGCCAUCUUUGAUCUCGGGCUGUAUUACCAUGUUACCAUUCACUGUGGUGUGGUACAUGUAUUGGCGGAAACUGAUGCUACAAAGAUGGCAGACUGCAAAGCAUUGUGGGAGAAUGCCAAGUAUCCAAAGCCAUCCCAGUGCGAUACUGUAGAGAUAUGUCAAAGGUGAUGUUACUGGCUAAUGAGUGUAUAUCACGGAUAUUUCUCUCAGGGAUCAGUUCAGAAACCUUUACCACUUUCAUUCUCCUUGAAGAAGUAUGGAAACAAGACUGAUGGUGCGUAACUUUCAGUCCAGUGCAUGCCUAUUUUAGUGUUUACUUGCCCUGUAAAAAUAGCUAACCUUUAUAAUAGGAAAAUAUUGAAUUUUUAAAAUAGCUAACCUUCAUAACAGGAAAAUAUUGAAUUUUUAAAACCUGUGGAAUUUGAGAGCAUUUUAAUAUGUAAUGUGUAUAUUGUCUAAAUUUUCUGUUUUACGUCGUAAAAAUUAUCCUGCUGCCUUGGAAUUCCUAAAUCCAGAAGGUUUAGUUCCUCAAAUCUUCACUUAGCACUUCCUCAGGCAAAGGACUUAAUGACAAGUCUACUUUAAGACUGAGAAUAUGCUGCCAUAGUUUCUGCAAAUAAUUCACGUACAUAACAAGUCAUGUUAAAAUGAUGUGGCAAGACACACAGAUAGGGCAUGACAAUCCAGACACCAUUGGGUGGAAAUUUGUGCAGGUUGUAACACGCAGCGUUUGGUAGUCCUCAGUAAUUUGCAUAUCUACUGUGCAUGGGCAUUAGGAAUGAAUUUCAUUAACAUAAUUAUUGAGUGUAAUUCAGACUAUGCAGCAUGCAUGAACGUAAUCCAGUAAGAUAGUGCCUUUUUCUCUGAUCAGGUUGUAAAAUCAAACUCUGUUUUUCAGGCCAUUUCUCUGAAGUUUCCAAUCAUUCCGAUUUUCGCUUAACGGAAUUCAAUUUUUCUACUUGGAUGGAAUUAAGAUCCUCCAAAUAUUGGCAUGGUUGUGAAUGUAAUAUUCGUGGGCACACAGGUAGUCAUUAAAUUUGGUGUUAUUUUUGUUUUUUUACUUCUUUGUGUAUGAAGCAUGGCUUUUGUUGAACAAAAUAUGGGAAAUUAGGAAAAAAAAUGAACAGACGUUACCUCAAAAGUUCCCAACAAGAUGUUUUGCAGUUCAGCAAAAGUGGUCAAAUUUUGGCAACCCUGGUGAAAUUGGAUCACUGCAUCAGGAAAGGGUAUCCGGGUAUCUCGUGCCAAAAUGAUCAUGGUUCGUGUAAUAUUUUAUUAAUGAAGAGAUGGGAUGAUUCCCGGAAGAUCGCAUUUCACAUAAAGUUUCAGGGUAGAUUUUAUUUUAAAGAAUACGUGCAUAGUUUUUAAGUACAGAGAUGUUUCUCUCAAGUUAACUCGAGUUCUCCGAGUGAAAUGUAUUUCUUUUCUUGAAUGAACAUGUUAAUGCAAACUUUUUGAAAUAAAUCAGUUACCUCUCGAUUUCCAAACUUAA